AUGGAUGAUCUACCAGUAUUAACAGAUGGUUGGAGGGUUGUUGUUAAUAAUCUUCAUUUGUUAAAAAACACAUGGCUGUUAUUUAGAAGCAUCGGGGAAAAAGUGUUGAAGGUUUAUCCUUUCAUAAACAAUGUGCAUGGUGAAUCAUACAUAACAAAGAACAACUACACAAAACUGGGUCUUACGGUAAUUCCAGAUGAAUUUAUUAACAUGUUCUACAGAAACCACGAGCUAAACGGCAGUUACCAAGUAUUUGCAGGUGGUAAGUACUGGGAUCUAAUGGCAACUAAACUACAUGUUACUUAUGCUUUUAAGGAUGGAUGGCCGAAACUGUGUGAAAGUUUGAACAUAUGUGAUGGUGACACACUGAUAUUCGAUAAGAUUGGUAAUGUGAUAUUUCAUCUGAGGGCAUUCAGGAAUGGAAUCGAAGUUGGAUUGGGUAUUAAAAAAGAAGCAGUAGAGAGUGAUUUCUGUGAAAUAAUAUCUCAAUCAACAUAUCAACGAAAUGCUUAUUAUAACUUUGUUGAAUCUGAUAAUGGAACGGAUACAAGUGGAGAUACGUUGAUGAAUGAGGUUAAAGACAUUGGAAGUGAAACUGAGAAGAUGUUGAAUACAAAAAAAGGAGUUCAAGGUAGUGACAAGAUUGAAAAGAAACGCAAAAAGGUUGCACAAGUUGUUGUUUCAACAUCAAAAAAGGGAAAGGAAAUUGAAGAAACUCCAGAAGUGCUCAAACCAGAUGUUUCAAGCUGUCGUAUAUCAUCAAAAAAAAGAGAGAGGCUUCCUGUUGAAGUAGCGAGGAGAUCUGGUCUUACAAAGAAGCUUCAUGCAUUGAAGAUUAAAACUCUGGAUGGAAAAAUAAUGGAGAACGAAGUGGAAACCGAAAAAAAUGGUGACGUACCGCGUUACAAAAUGGUCAAUUGGGGUAACUUUAUGUCUGCAAAUAGUUUGAAGAAUGGUGACAUUCUUCACUUCAACUUUGUUACCUCAACACAGGUGAUGGAGUUAACAAAUGUGGAUCGAAUUUAA